AUGGCGCGAUUGCGAUUACUCCCUCUGUUGGCCUUUGUCACUCUUUUGUUGUGCUCAUUCUCUCCUACUUUCGUUCACGCUCAAGCAGACAAGGAAGGUCCGCUGCAUACUACAAACCAUGUGAAGCGAUAUGGCUCAGGGGCUCCCUACUGGAUGUCCGAAAUCACCAGACAAGGCAAAGUCGUGUACGGCACAAACGCUUCGUAUGUUGUGUGGAGAAACGUCUUGGACUAUGGUGCUAAGGGCGAUGGAGUGACCGAUGACACUGAUGCUAUCAACAAUGCAACCUACGAUGGCAACAGAUGCGCGUACCCCUGCGACUCACAAACUACCACCCCGGCUAUCGUGUACUUCCCUCCUGGCACAUAUGCCAUCAGCAGACCGCUCGUCAUGCUGUACUACACACAGUUCAUCGGAGAUGCCAACAAUCUGCCUGUGAUUAUGGGCAUGCCGAACUUCUAUGGUAUUGCUCUACUUGACUCGGAUCCUUAUCUGGCUUUCGGAUACAGCUGGUGGGCAAAUCAGAACAAUAUGUGGCGCCAAGUCCGCAACUUCGUCCUGGACAUUCGUCAAAUACCCCCUGGCACAGCACAUUGUCUGCAUUGGCAAGUCGCUCAAGGAACAUCACUGCAGAACAUUGUCUUCGAGAUGACUGAGGGUGGCGACGACAACCAGCAAAUGGGCAUCUUCAUGGACAAUGGAUCGGCUUUAUAUCUAGAAGACCUGAUUUUCAAUGGUGGAUCUGUUGGCUUCUUCUCUGGCAACCAGCAGUUUACCUGUCGAAACUUGACCUUCAAUAAUUGUCAGACCGCCAUCUACCAGAACUGGAAUUGGCUGUUUGCUUACAAGGAUGUUGUCAUCAACAAUGCUAGGAUUGGUAUAGACCUUACACAAGGUGGAGACGUCAUCACUACUGGUUCCAUUAGUCUGCAAGAUGCGGUCAUGAACAACGUAGAAAUUGGUGUUCUCACUACCUUCUCCACCAACUCAACACCCGUCUCUGCUGGCACUUUCCUUCUCGACAACGUAAACUUUGUCAACACUCCGGUCGCGGUCCAGCUCUCUCCUAGCAAUGCCACUCUUCUUGAAGGAAACCAAAGAGUUGCAUCGUGGGCUCAGGGCAGAGUCUAUACUGCCUAUGAGUCAACCUACGAAGAAAACAACCUUACUUGCUAUGGACCCGCGGCCAGAUAUGCGCGUGUCCAACAAGUCGCCGAUCCUGCCCCUAAAUCUCCGUCCUUGCUGACUCCUGAUGGCUCGUUUUUCACACGGUCCAGACCUCAGUAUGAGGGUGUUCCUGUUGAGAACUUCAAGUCGAUCAAGACCUAUGGUUGUGCAGGUGAUGGUGUCAGUGACGAUACCGCUUGCGUACAAAGCUUCUUGAACUCGAUCACACCAGAUCAGAUUGCCUAUAUCGACUACGGUGCUUAUGUCAUCAGAGAUACCAUCAAUUUCCCGAUCCCGAUCAAAGUCCAGGGCGAGCUAUGGCCUUACUUCAUGGUGGACGGUACUGCACCAAAGUUCAGCGACAAGAACAAUCCUCAGCCUGCGUUCCGCGUUGGAGAGCCCGGCCAGGUUGGUGACAUCGAACUUGUUGAACUCAUAUUCCAGACUCUGGGUCCUGCUCCUGGCGCGAUUAUGAUGGAGUGGAACCUCGCUCAGUCGUCGCCAGGCUCUGCUGGAAUGUUCGAUGUCCACUGGCGUAUUGGUGGUACCAACGGCACUCAAUUACAAUCAUACAACUGUGCCAAAACACCCAACGUCCCCACCGUACCCAAUCCUGCAUGUUAUGGUGCCUUCUUACUUCUUCAUAUCACAAGAACGGCCUCCAUGUAUAUGGCCAACAACUGGGGCUGGGUCAGCGAUCAUGAAAUGGACUUGGCCGAUCACAACCAAAUCAACCUCUACAGCGGCCGCGGAGUUUUGGUCGAAAGUCAAGGUCCUGUCUGGAUGGUAGGCACGUCUUUCGAGCACAGCAUGCUUUACAAUUACCAAAUCGCUUCUGCGAAGGAGAUCUACAUCAGCGCUAUUCAGUCGGAAACAGCCUACAUGCAGAACAAUCCCAAUGCAAUUGCGCCGUACCCGCCAAUGUCUAAUUGGAAUGACCCGACUUUUGCCGAGUGCUUUACCUCCAAUUGUCCAAAGACAUGGGGCCUGCGUGUUUUCAAUAGCACAUACGUCUUUGCCUACGGUGCUGGAAUGUAUUCGUUCUUCAAUAACUACGACUCUGGAUGUUUAGCAACCACUAACUGUCAACAAAACAUGGUGAGCGUCGAGGAAAGCCAAGGCAUAUAUCUAUACGCAGUCAACACGGUGGGCUCUCAGAACCUGGUUUCGGUCGAUGGAGUGGAUCUUGUGCCAGCAACCGCGAAUCCUAAUGGUUUCGCAGACACUGUGGCGAUAUUCGAGUAUCCUUGA